AUGAAGCUUUGCUCCGUUUCUUUUAUCUUUAGCGUAAUUGCUAUUCAGGUUCUACAUCUGUCCACCAUAGUAAAUGGCCAGCAAGUUAUGGACUCGUGCAAUUCAACUCUACCUCUCGAGGACCUCGCUCUCGACUCGAGCCUCUUUCAAUGCGUCGAAGUUUGGAGUGACCAGAAUUACAUCCUCCGAUACGCUAAAACGGUGGAAAACACGUGGAGUUUCAUCUUAUCAACGCCAGAUUCCAAUGCCUAUAUUGCGAUCGGAUUCUCGACCAACGGCCGGAUGGUUGGAAGCAGUGCAAUCGUCGGGUGGAUUACAUCGGACGGCGAGAGUGGAGACGCGAAACAGUACUUGCUCGGAGGGAUGUCGCCCGGUGAUGUGAUACCUGAUCAAGGAGACCUAAAGAUCGUCAACGGCUCGUUAAUGAUCGAGUCAGUGUCGUCGCGUCUUUACAUGAGUUUCCAGUUGACUGCGGAGCUGCCGCGGGAGAAGCUUCUUUACGCUAUGGGUCCUGCUGGUUUCUUCCCAUCUUCGCCGGAGUUUAGGUUGAGGGAGCACCAGUUCGUGACCACCACGACCAUCAAUUAUAAUACAGGAUCUGCUACAAUUGGACCAGCCAUGUCUCCAGGUUCAGCGAUGACUGGGGCAGCUCAGUCACCGUCGUCUCCCGCACCCUCUCUUUCAUCCGCUUACGGCCUCUCACCGUCUCUUCUCUUCUUUGUCCUCAGCCUCGUAGCUCUCAAAUUCUACUGAUUUCUUUGCUCCUUUAUU